AUGCAGACCACCACGGAUGAUUCCGUCAUUGGUGGCACAGUGAUCGACAACCCACCUGCGCCCAAGACACCGGGCUCACCGACCAGGCGCAAACGCUCUAUAUCGGUGGAAUUCGUGUCGGACAGACCUAGUAAACAGAGGGCAGUGUUGCAAGAGGUUCCCUCAAUGCCAGAUGCCAUCGAAAAGCCAUCGACUGACUUCCAACCAUGCCCCUUCACGAACGAGUUUUUCGGAGAUGUCGCGCACACGAUUGCCAACACCUUUCCCUUUGAGAGCUUUGCUCGCGCGCAGAAUUGCAGUCUCCAAGAUGUCGCCCAUGCGAUUAGCGCAGUGGUUCUAGCGCCGCUCCGAUGGCCACAUCUCCUGCUGGAAGGGAGCCUGCAGUCUUGCGUUACCGUGGACACGCCCGGCAGAACCCAGGCCUCAGAUGGCACCCGAGAAUGGGCGAACGAGCCGAACCUCAAGCCGUUGGGAAGUGGCACGCCCAGAUCACCCGUCAUCCGAACCGAAGUCAAGAUUGAUAUCUGGGGGGAUUACAUUCCGGUGGAGAAGUGCAGUGAUGACAGUAGAUAG